UUAAUUUUCUUGAAAGAUUGUUAAAUAGAACAUUAGAAUUUUAAAAACAUAAUGAUUUUAUUAUUUCGUUUCUUUAUAACUUUUUGUACAUUAUUCUAUUUAAUCUCUAAUGUUCAUUCAGAAUACGUUAAAGAAUAUGACACAUAUGAUGUAUUUUAUCCAAUUACCUUUCAAUGGCAACUAAAUAAAUGUCAACAGUUAAAUAUUCCAUUUCAAUACAGAAGUGCAAGAAUUCAUGAUGAGAAACCAUUGGGUAAACCAAAAGUCAUAAGAAAUAUACCUGGACUGGUAAUGUGUUUCUUUAACGCAAUAUCAUACGCAUUAACUGGAUCAACAAAAUACGGAAAAGUAUUACGUAGUAACAUACUCCAAUUUAUGCAAAAAUCAGAAAUUCACGGGGGAGAUGAUUGGCAAAAAAGUCAUAUUGAAUCAAUGCAACAUAACCUUAAUGAAUUCGCUGGAUCUGAUGAAAUCUUUGCAGCUGCAGAUUAUUUGCAAACAUCUAUAUAUGUCUUCUCUGAACAUAUUAGUGGAGAUUGGAUGUUUUAUAGUAAAGAAGGAUAUGAUGGUGAAAGAAUUAAAGAACCAAGCAUCUAUUUAUAUCACUCAGGGUUUGAAAUUACCGGCCAUUUUGAUUAUGUUAUUGAUGUGGAACAUAUACUUGAAUCUACUUUUUAUGAACCAACAUUUGAAAGUAUAUUUAUACCAGUACUAGGAAGUUGGCAAUCUGAGAAAAUGGCAGAACUUUUGGAAUCUAAAACAGUCGCUAAAAUAUUAUUCAAAAAUGAAAUUGUCAAACCCUUAGACACAAAUAUAGUAGAAGUAAUGGAAGAUAUACCAAAAGAUGGAAACAGUUUUUUCAAUUCUUUGUCUUAUUGUAUAACUGGUACAAUUGACCAUUCUGCAAAAUUACGUGAACUCGUAGUUAAUUUCAUGAAAGAAUCUGUAGUCAUAAAAACAAUUAUUAAUGACGAAAGCAUUCUCAAUGAUCGUAUAGAAAAUGUGUCAAAAGACCUGGUUUCUGUAGAUGGGCCUGUAAUAUAUGCAGCAGCUGAGUUAUUAAAAACAUCUAUAUACAUUUACUCUCAAGAUGAUCAAGAAUGGGAUUUUGUGAGCAAAAAUGGGCCAAAUGGAAAAGAAGUUUAUGAACAUUGCAUCUACUUGAAUAAUGUUGAUCAUUUCAAAAAUAUAUUCAAAAUUGUCCAAGAUGUAUAUAAAAAAAAAAGUUAUUUAUCUGAAUAAAUAUUCUAUAACUAAAUACA